UUGUUUUCUGGUCGUUCUGGACCCUUACAGGCGUGUUUGUGGACAGUCUGAGUCCGGCUCUGGAUGCUUACGGUCUGGACGGCGUCUUCAGGCUCAAAGAGAAGCAGCAUGAAGGACUGGCUACCUUCUACCGCAGGUCAAAGUUUCGCCUGCUCAGCCGCCAUGACAUCAUGCUGAGCGAGGCCUUGGCGUCUGAUCCCGCCCACUCUGAGCUGCUGGAGAAGGUUUCUGCCAAUGGCGGUCUGAAGGACAAGAUCCUGCAGAGAUCCACAUCGCUGCAGGUCAGUUUGCUGGAGGACCUAGAGAAGCCUGGCAGGAAGGUGUGUGUGGCGAACACUCACCUGUACUGGCAUCCGAAAGGUAACUGGCCUCCAUCUACUACUGAUGACCGUGAAGUAGGGCUGUGCCGUGUGAAGGAAAUCAUGACAUAUCUGGGCUAUAAUUGUGAUAAACGAUAUAUAUCACCAUAUGUUUAAAUUACUUUUAAAAUAGUAGAGGGCAUAAACAUUAACUGAUUCAAAAUUUUGAAUCAUUUCCACUACCCUUGAAAAACCGAUCCAUGCCGAGACCGGUCCGAGCUCGGAUCAGAACCA